GACAACCCCGAGCGAAGCGACUUGAGCGGUGUCUCGGACGAAACGCUCCAGGAAGUCGAGGCCGACAGCUACUGGUGCCUCACCAAGCUUCUCGACGACAUCCAGGACCACUAUACGUUUUCACAGCCGGGCUUGCAGCGCAUGGUGCAGCGCAUGGAAGACCUCGUCAAGCGCUGCGACGCCGACUUGUACACGCACAUUGUCGAGACCGAGUCGGUGCAGUUUGUGCAGUUUGCGUUCCGCUGGAUGAACUGUCUCCUCAUGCGCGAGUGCCCCCUGCACGCGAUCAUCCGGCUCUGGGACACGUAUUUAUGCGAGGACAAUGGCUUUGAGAACUUCCACGUCUACGUCUGCGCGGCCAUCCUCAUGACCUUUGGCGACAUGCUCAAGGAAAUGGAGUUUCAGGACCUCGUGCUCUUCCUCCAGAGCCUCCCGACCAAAGAGUGGGAAGAGGACGACAUUGAGCCGCUCCUCUCGCGCGCGUACAUUCUCCAAACGUACUUUGCCGACGCGCCCAACCACAUUCCCCAAGCCAAGCAGCAGUAGCCGUAGCUCGUCGCGUCGUUGAACACAUUAUCCUUCUUGUCUUUAAUGACCUCGAGAGUCU